ACGACAACGGUAGCGGCAACAGCAACAGCAACGGUGCCCAAAGCGAAGCAAUCAGCAAGCAAUUUAUUGAUUGUCAAGUGCCACUUUGACCAACGAGACGAACGAGCCUUGCCAACGCGUUGGCCUAACGUGUACGGACCAAUAGCACCGACGUGUUUCCCUUCGAGCGAACCUCCCGUCCAGGCGAGCUUUGAUUUAUUGACGGAAAAGGAGGAAUUGCAGCUGGAAUGAGAGCCCCCGUCUUGGUCAGCCAGCUACGCGCGAUCCCUCCCCCCACAUUACCUCCUCCGUCUACGAAUCCGAACCAAGGCGAGCUGCAGCUCCAGUGCCGCCUGCGACCUGACGUGAAGCAACGAGACCCGCGCUGACCGCCGGCCAUGGCGCCCACGACGGGCCAUUCGUCGAACUCCUCCACGUCCUCGGCCGGAGAGAAGGAGCGCCAGUAUCAUGCGGCCAACGGUAAGCCGGCUGUGGCUGUAGCCAGACAUGAGAGGACACCCGGUACACCGAGGAAAGAGAGCACUGGCCGUGAGAGGGCAGUACAGGAUCCGGGGCUGAGAGACUAUCGGUUGGGGGAAUGCUUGGGCAAAGGCGCAUUUGGGUCUGUCUACAAGGCCAUUCACUGGGGCACCGGCGAAGCAGUUGCAGUCAAGCAAAUCAAGCUCGUGAAUCUGCCCAAGAGCGAAUUGCGCAUGAUUGAGGCCGAGAUUGAUCUACUAAAGAACCUCCAUCAUGACAACAUUGUCAAGUACAUAGGCUUUGUCAAGUCGACAGACUGCCUCAACAUCAUCCUAGAAUACUGUGAGAAUGGCUCGUUACACUCAAUAUGCAAGGCAUAUGGCAAGUUCCCCGAGAACCUAGUCGGAGUCUACAUGACUCAGGUAUUGCAAGGCCUUCAGUACCUACACGAUCAAGGUGUAAUCCAUCGAGACAUCAAGGGAGCCAACAUCUUGACCACCAAAGAUGGCAAAGUCAAGCUUGCCGACUUUGGUGUAUCUACCAGCACGCUGACUGGACCGGACAAGGAGGCUCAAGUAGUAGGGACGCCGUAUUGGAUGGCUCCUGAGAUUAUCGAGCUAUCUGGUGCGACUCCAGCGUCUGAUAUAUGGAGCUUGGGCUGUACUGUGAUUGAGCUUCUCCAAGGCAAGCCACCAUAUCAUCACCUACAAGCCAUGCCAGCUCUCUUCGCUAUAGUUAACGAUGACCAUCCGCCUUUGCCCGAGGGGGUAUCUUCGGCGGCUCGUGAUUUCUUGAUUCAGUGCUUUCAAAAGGACCCCAACCUCCGAGUAUCUGCAAGAAAGUUGUUGAAACACAACUGGAUUGUAGGUUGCAGGAGAAGUGACGCUCCAGUUGCAAAGGCAUCAGCAAACUUCAGCCAAGCAGUGGAAGAGGUCAAGCAAUGGAAUAAGGCUCUGACUUCUGACACCAAUCUACGAGCUUCCACUGGAUCCGAUUCAGGGGCGCAGUCUCACCAGAACUCACGCUUUGGAGCCUCAGAGCAGGGAAGGCCCAUCGUUACAACGCCCGCUAAGGGGCCUUUAGCCCUUGCAAAGCCGAGGCCAACAGCAGAGGACUUCAGGUCUCCUGAACUGGCCGAUGAUGACAACUGGGAUAAUGACUUUGCCACGGCCAUUUCACCGAGGGCUUUGAAAUUACCUCACAUUAAGCCCCAGGAUCACUUUGGCGGCAUGCUCUCAGCUGAUCGGUUGAAACUAUUCACCUCAGUUGAUUACUCUCGUGACGCUUCUUCCAAUUGGGGCAAUUCCAUGGACGGAGAAAUGAUGACAAUCAAGAAGAUGAACAGCUUUCACGAGGAAGACCCCUUGGAGAAGACCAUUCGCCCGAACUGGAAAAUGUCGGCAGGUGCGAGGCCCAAAACGGCAGUCGAAACGAAGCCUCAACAAUCGGCGAAGUUAUCCCCUCGAAAGCGGGCUGCUAGUGGACAUCAAAGACAGAAGUCUCAGAGCAAGAACAUGGUAAGCAAAUUCGAGCUUCCUUCGAGGCUCGACGUCACAUACAAAGAGCAGUCCGUCGAGGACUUUUCGGACUUGUUCGACGACAACGAUCAGAAUGACCUUUUCCUCAACCAAAGGCUGGUCCAGACGAAGAAGCAGCCUCAGCCACAGCCUGACACGCCUCAACUUUUUCAUCCUUCAGAUCUCACCAGCUUGCCGCGGUCCACGCAAUCGCCUAUGGGUGGGAGUAUGCGUAGGCAGACAUCAUUACGACCAUCCGUUCUACCAGAUCGGCAGAUGCAAAGAUCGAAAUCAUCUAUCGAGAUUCAGAAGUUUGCUGAAGACGAAGGCGACGAAGAUUUCUCUGAUAUAUUCGGCCCCUCCGACAACGUCACGGAGAAGGCUGACAGUGACAGGGGGUCUGAGGACGGUGGUAUUAUGGUCUUGUCCAAAGUCUCGAAUAACUCUUGGCUUGGUGACGACGAGGACGAGGACGACCCGUUCGCAUCGAUGGACCCUGGCUGGGACGAGAUGGAUCUGGAGGCCAACAUUGCCCGAGAUCGACACGCGAGAUUGGCCGAGAAGAUUGAAGAAUUAGUGCGGUCGCUGAAGAUGAUAGUAGGUGAAGACAAGUUGACAGAUCUUGCGGAAGACCUGCUCGCCCUACUUUGGGAACACACCGAAGUAAAGGACCUGAUAAUCGGUGCACAUGGCCUUCUGCCCAUCCUUGAGAUUCUGGAGCCAUGCACCGUAAAGAGUAGACAGCAUAUGAUUUUGCAGCUGCUGAAGGUCGUCAACACGAUUAUCCUCGACGAUGUCGAGCUUCAAGAGAACUUGUGCUUCGUCGGAGGAAUACCGAUUAUCACCAAAUUCUCAGCGCGGCAAUACUCGAACGAGAUCCGUUUGGAGGCGGCUGCUUUUGUACGACAAAUGUACCAAACCUCAACAUUGACAUUGCAGAUGUUCGUCAGCGCUGGUGGUCUCAAUGUCCUGGUCGAGUUUUUGGAUGAAGAUUAUGACAACUCAAGAGAUCUAGUCCUCAUUGGUGUCAACGGAGUUUGGAAUGUUUUCGAACUUCAGGGACCAACGCCGAAGAACGAUUUCUGUCGAAUCUUCUCCAGGAGCAAGAUCCUUGAUCCAUUGGCAUUGGUGUUACACAGAGUACUAGACGAGGAUGAUGAGGACGAGCUGACCGAGUUGAUCGAAGGCCGCAUUGUCAACAUCUUCUACCUCUUUUCGCAAGCUGAGAACUAUGUCAAGGAAAUGGUAGCUGAUCGGCAAGUGCUGAAGAGUAUUCUAAAAGAUCUACGACGCAUGUCUCCGGCACAUCAGAUCACAAUGCUCAAGUUCAUCAAGAACCUGUCUAUGUUGUCAACGACCCUAGAAACUUUACAUUCAGCAGAUGCGAUUGACCUCCUGAUUGACCUUCUCAGUGGAAAUAUGAAGAAGGGUCAUCCACACUUCCGAGAGAUUUCCAAUCAAGUUCUGAAUACGAUGUUCAACUUGUGUCGAUUGAGUAAAGAUCGCCAGGAGUACGCAGCGGUCAACGGGAUCAUUCCCUUGCUCAUGAAAAUAAUGAAGACCGAUCGCCCCCCGAAGGAGUUUGCCUUGCCAAUCCUGUGCGAUAUGGCACAUUCGGGAAGCAAAGGGCGGAGGUUCCUUUGGCAGAAUAAGGGCCUUGACUUUUAUGUGUCACUCCUUGCGGACCAGUACUGGCAGGUUACUGCGCUGGAUGCUAUUUUUGUCUGGUUACAAGAAGAAACCGCGAAGGUCGAAGGCCAUCUCAUCAACGGCAAUUUUACCGAAGCUAUCAUCUCCUGCUUUAACACGCAAAAGCUCAACGCUUUUGACCCAAAUCUCCUAGAGCCCCUCCUAAAACUUCUAAGACUCAGUCCCGACCUAUCCUCAUCGUUAGCCAAGUCCGAGAUGUUUUCGGGCAUCGCACAGAAACUCGGUCACAAGAAGGCCGUGGUCAGGCUCAACCUUCUCCGUCUAGUGCGAAAUAUCCUCGACGCGCGCGAGUUGGAUUACUUCUCCAGUCCAAGAAACAAACAGCUACGGUCACUGCUCGAGUCGAUACAAACCCUUGCUGAGAAAGACUCGGCUGUGCUUGUCCGCAACCUUGCAUCCGAGCUAGUUAGAACACACAUCAGUGGCGACCACGACGCACCUCCGACGACUACCUCGGGACUUUCAACUGCGUCAGUGUCCACUAUUGGCUCGAACCGCUCGCGUUCUGGCCCAAGACGUAUAUAUACCCCUCCAUCCCUCCACUCUGCCUCAUCGAUGCCCAUCACGCCAACACACGGCCACGGCCACCGUCCAUCGCAUGGCUAUAUAGAAGUGGCCUCCAGCCCUAAGCGAUCCGCAGUUUCCAUAACUCAUGAACGGGACUCCUCCAUCUACCGCCCCCGGAGUCGUGACGGUCCCAUGUCCUCUAUCCCGCGCCGUAUAAGUGGCGACCUGACCAAUGCCCCUCCGCCCGGCAAGACCAGACUGCCACGUAACUCUGGUGUUUUCGCUCGACCUAGCCUCAGCGAACCGUCUGCGGCUCGAAGUCAAAGUGUCCUGAGCAACAAGGAGAAUCAGCAGGGGAAUGGCACGAGAUACCCGCUGCCAAGCCCUAGUGCUUCAUCCACUGCGGGUCAUUCGAGAGAAGGCUCGUCAGGAAAGCAGCGUAGGAGUCGCGCACCGAGCGAAAGUGGGGGAAAGAAAUGGGCGCCUGGCUCGUAGUGACAUUUUGUGCUCACUCCAUGAGUUACAUAAAGACAAUAGUCAUGGCAUGAGUUCACGAGGUUUGAUGUAUCACCAACGCUCUCACUUACCCUAUUGAUCCACGGCCUGUUGGUAUACUUGUAGCAUGUCACUUCUUGGAAG